AUGGUUGAACUUGUGUAUUUUUUCUACAAGGUUGCCGUUAUACUUAGAAGUCGAAAAAAGUGUUUGCGGGUACUAAAGUUGUUGGUGCUAAUAUGUGCUAUCGUAUACGGCAUUUAUGUAUAUUCUACAUAUUUGAAGCAUAUACACAUCGAGAAAAAGAGGGAAUUUUUAGAGUUUCAAGUAAUCAAGGCGUUCCAUUAUAAUAAUGUCGUUUAUCAGUCUCCAAUCGCUCAUUUGCAUCACCCAAAACCCAAAACUUUCAACAGAAAGCCUGUGCGCUUGUUUGUCAUAAUGUCCAUGCAAAGAUCAGGAAGUGGUUGGUUCGAAACUUUACUGAAUAGUCAUAUGAAUAUAAGCUCCAAUGGCGAGAUUUUUGGUCAGAAAAAAAGGAGACAAAAUCUUACCUCGAUUAUUAACACACUCGAUAGAGUUUAUAAUAUGGACUUGAUUACUAGUUCUACAAAGAAUGAUUGUUCUGCUGCGAUUGGAUUUAAAUGGAUGCUUAAUCAGGGUUUGAUGGAAUACCCUAAAGAGAUUCUUGACUACUUUUCUAAAAGGGGCGUUUCAAUCAUUUUCUUCUUGAGAAGAAAUAUGAUGCGUAGAUUAGUUUCUAUACUUGCGAAUUCAUUCGAUAAAGAUGCAAGGGUUCUAAAUGGCAUUCAUGUAUCUCAUGUACACUCGCAUGGAGAGGCUUUGUUAUUGUCGAGAUUUAAACCCACAAUCAAUGUAACGUCACUGAAAUCGGAUUUGGGAAAGAUGGAAUCAACAGCCAUGAAGGCGCUUGAGUACUUUAAUUGCACGAGGCACAUCAUAGUGUAUUAUGAAGAUCUAAUCAACAACCCUUAUAAACUUACACAAGUGGAAGACUUUUUGAAGCUACCACGAAUGAAAUUAAGUAGUCGACAAGUGAAGAUACAUAAAGGACCAUUGUCAGAACACAUCAACAACUGGAAAGAUGUCAACAAGACUCUUAUUGGAACAACUUACGAGAGAUAUCUUAGAUCGGACUAUUGA